AUCAACUCCUCAAUCCAAACCUAUUCUAUUCGAGAUAUACCAAAAGGCUAGCCCUUGCACUCGACGUAAACUACACCACAAACAACUUUCAACUACCUCACCAAACUUUUUCUCGAAGAAGCAAACAAUGUUCGGAUUCAACGUCAAGACCGUCUUGACCGCCGCCCUCGGUUUGGGUCUGAUGGCCCAGACCAUCCCCGACUGCACCCGUAACGCAACCGUAAUCUCCGGAGACACCUGCGACGGCAUCUCCAAGAAAUACGCUUCCCCGACUUUCCAAUUCGCGCUCGCCAACCCUGAUGUGGACGCGGCCUGUUCGAACUUGAUGAUCGGCCAAGAAGUCUGUCUUGGGCAGCGGGGGGUGGAUUGUAGCAAGGUUCAUGUGGUCGUCAAGGGAGACACCUGUUUGGGACUCGCCGACACUUACGACCUAGACGAUACCGUACUCUACAAGAACAACCCGCAGAUCAACUCGGAAUGCACAAACAUCUACCUCAACCAAGUCCUCUGCGUAGCGUCCAAACCUUACCCUUACGUCCUGCCUACCAACAUCACCUCUGCCCCCGACUCGACCUCUUCGGUGACCUCGACGGUCUUGCCUACGAACGUCCCUACCGCCGGACCUGAUGCCGGAAGUGAUGACAGUGGGGAUGUGGUGACGAGCACCGCCGAGGUUUGGGCGACCGUCACCCAGUCCGCAGAGGGUGCUUCGGAGACGUCGAGCGUGAGCGGGCUGGAAUACUGUGAAGAGGGCGACCAAUCCCCGGAUUGCGUAGACGAAGAGUCGUUGCCGUACUGCGACGAGAUCUAGAUUUUAAUCUAGAUCUAACUGUAAUCUGCACGAUUUUUCUCCCUCACGACACAAUCUCCUCCACCACACUACCUCUUGACAACCCGAUCCGGAACACCUACCAAGAAUGGGGAAAGAAGAGGCGUA